AGCUUUCUCUCUCACCUGUACCUAUUUUAUUAUGGUGUUUUAGUUUACGAGAAAACCAAACCCACACAAUCGCCAAUUCAAUUUUUUGCGAACUCUCUACCUCUUUUUUUUUUUUUUAAUUACAAUCGCUAUCUUUACGAACAAUCUGAUUCUCCUUUUGAGAUCUCCUCUCUUCUCUUUAUUUUUUUCCAAUACGAUAUCGGAUUUUUUUUUUCUUUUUAUUUCUAAAUUUGAGCUGCGAUGCUCCUCCUUUGAUUCAUUCACUUGAGGGGUCCUACUGCUUUUCUGGUGGUUUGACUUCGAGUUGCGAUGGCAUCUAGACAAGGACCAAAGUCGAGAAAAGGAGGGUCUAGCAAUUUGAAAGGUGCUGAUUCUACUGCAUCUUCAACAACCUCCUCUUCCAAGCUUUAUCAAGAGACAUCUAUUGAUGACCAUAGCUCCCCGGCUUCUUCAUCUGCUCAAAGCAAGCAGCACUUCUUCUCACCUGAUUCCUUACCACAAAGUGCUCAGCGGUCUAAAGAAAACGUCACAGUGACAGUUCGCUUUCGCCCACUCAGUCCAAGAGAAAUUCGCCAAGGGGAGGAAGUCGCAUGGUAUGCAGAUGGGGAAACAAUUGUGCGAAAUGAGCAUAAUCCAACAAUAGCUUAUGCCUAUGACCGUGUCUUUGGACCCACAACCACAACACGCAACGUUUAUGAUAUUGCUGCACACCAUGUUGUUAAUGGGGCUAUGGAGGGGAUAAAUGGGACCAUUUUUGCAUAUGGAGUGACAAGCAGUGGAAAGACUCACACAAUGCAUGGUGACCAGAGAUCUCCUGGUAUUAUACCGUUAGCAGUGAAAGAUGCUUUCAGCAUCAUCCAAGAGACUCCGAAUCGAGAAUUUCUUCUGCGUAUUUCCUACAUGGAAAUAUAUAAUGAGGUUGUCAAUGAUUUGUUGAAUCCAGCAGGACAAAAUUUGAGGAUCAGAGAAGACAAGCAGGGAACCUUUGUCGAAGGGAUUAAAGAAGAAGUUGUUUUAUCUGCUGCUCAUGCGCUUUCUCUUAUUGCAGCUGGAGAAGAGCAACGACAUGUGGGAUCCACAAAUUUUAAUUUGCUGAGCAGCCGGAGCCAUACAAUAUUUACGUUGACGAUAGAAAGUAGUCCCUUAGGUGACAAGAAUAAAGGAGAAGCUGUACAUCUUUCCCAGCUGAACCUCGUUGAUCUGGCAGGUUCCGAGAGUUCAAAGGUUGAAACCAGUGGUUUAAGACGCAAGGAAGGAUCAUAUAUCAAUAAAAGUUUGCUGACUUUAGGGACUGUGAUAUCAAAGCUUACGGAUGUGAGGGCUUCACAUGUACCAUACAGAGACUCUAAGUUAACCAGGAUCCUUCAGUCCUCAUUGAGUGGUCAUGACCGAGUAUCUCUCAUUUGUACAGUGACUCCUGCAUCAAGCAGUUCAGAAGAAACACAUAACACUUUGAAAUUUGCUCAUCGUGCAAAGCAUAUUGAGAUUCAAGCUGAGCAAAACAAGAUAAUUGAUGAGAAAUCAUUAAUCAAGAAGUACCAACACGAGAUUCGCCAACUGAAGGAGGAGUUGGAACAGCUUAAACAGUUAGAAGAUGGUCAAGUCAAGCUGCAAUCCAGACUUGAAGAAGAGGAAGAAGCCAAAGCAGCUCUCUUGAGUAGAAUCCAACGGUUGACGAAACUAAUUUUGGUGUCGACUAAAAAUCCACAAGCAUCUCGAUUACCUCACCGCUUUAAUCCUCGGAGGAGACAUUCAUUUGGUGAAGAAGAGCUUGCUUACCUACCAUACAAGAGGCGGGACAUGAUGGACGAUGAGCACCUUGACUUGUAUGUUUCUGUGGAGGGAAAUCAUGAGAUUAAAGAUAAUGCGUAUAGGGAAGAAAAGAAGACCCGGAAGCAUGGAUUAUUAAACUGGUUAAAGCCUAAGAAAAGAGAUCACAGUUCAAGUGCCAGCGACCAGUCAAGUGUGGUCAAAUCUAACAGCACACCAUCAACUCCUCAAGGGGGAGGAAGUAAUCUGCACACAGAAUCAAGACUUUCAGAAGGCUCGCCUUUGAUGGAACAACUCUCAGAUCCUAGGGAAGACAGAGAAGCUGUAGAAGACAGUUCUCAUGAAAUGGAGAUUCCGGAGACGAGCAAUAACUUGAGCGAUGAGUUGGAUCUGUUGAGGGAACAGAAAAAGAUUUUAUCUGAAGAGGCAGCGCUGCAAUCAAGUUCCUUAAAACGAUUGUCAGAUGAGGCUGCAAAGUCCCCUCAAAAUGAAGAGAUUGAAGAGGAAAUUAAAGUACUCAAUGACGACAUCAAAUCAAAGAAUGACCAGAUUGCAGCGUUGGAGACACAAAUCGUGGAUUUUGUUAUGACAUCACAUGAGGCAUUAGAAAAAUCUGAUAUCAUGCAGGUAGUUGCUGAGCUAAGGGAUCAACUUGAUGAGAAGUCUUUUGAACUCGAGGUUAAAGCUGCAGAUAAUCGCAUCAUUCAAGAAACACUCAAUCAAAAGACAUGUGAAUGUGAAGUGUUGCAAGACGAAGUCGCAAACCUAAAGCAGCAGCUCUCUGAUACCCUGGAACUAGCACAGGGAACUAAGAUUGAAGAGCUGAAACAGAAAGCUAAGGAACUAAGUGAAUCAAAGGAGCAAUUAGAACUCCGAAACAGGAAACUCGCAGAAGAGAGUUCAUAUGCAAAAGGUCUUGCAUCAGCAGCUGCAGUUGAGCUCAAGGCAUUAUCCGAAGAAGUUGCAAAGCUUAUGAAUCAAAACGAGAGACUAGCAGCCGAGCUGGCAACACAAAAAAGCCCAGUCGCACAACGUAACAAGACAGGAACACCAACAACAAAUGUAAGAAACAAUGGUAGAAGAGAGAGUCUUGUAAAGAGGCAAGAACAAGAAACCUCAUCAAUGGAGCUUAAGAGAGAACUGAGGAUGAGCAAGGAACGUGAGUUAUCAUAUGAAGCUGCACUUGUUGAAAGAGAUGAGAGAGAAGCUGAGCUCGAAAGGAUAGUAGAAGAAACGAAACAGAGAGAAGCAUAUCUGGAGAACGAGCUUGCAAGUAUGUGGGUUCUUGUUUCUAAGUUGAGAAGUUCUCAAGGAGCUGAUUCAGAAAUCUCUGAUUCUAUAUCAGAGACACGACAAACCGAACAAACAGACCGAUCAUUUUGA